AUGUCUACCGACGUUGAUGUCACCAAGCUGAAGGUUCCUGAGCUACGUGCGGAACUUGGGAAACGUGGCCUAAAUACUUUUGGCCCACGUCAGGUCUUAGUCGAUCGCUUGAACGAGGCACUGGGUGUUGCGAAUCAAUCGGACACCCCUAGCUCCGACUUCGCGGCUGAUGCGGACGAACCCCCAUGUAUAACAUCACCAAUUCAGAACAAAUCGUCCUGUCCGGAUACUAUGCAAGACGCCUCAAAUAGACGCCAGAGCUUCGAGAACGGCAUGGCCGAUGCCACUUCCGAUGCGACUGCGGAGUCCGAAAACCGACUCAAGGGCGAGGGCGACCUGAAACGAAGGAGGAGUCCCUCUGGCUCUCCUAGGCGCAGAUCCCGAUCGCGUGAUCGGGACUCUCGACGAUCACCCAGGCGGCGCUCGCCUUCCCCAUCCGCCAAAAACCGGAUGAGCGAGGAAAACGUAGGUUGGGAGAACAGCGUCUCAGUAUUCUUGGAUACAUACAAUUGUGAUCUUAGCCUUAUGAUUGACGCCGAAGGGUACCACGCCAAACCACUUACUAAUGGUGGGUUCUCAAUGAUGUGGGCUGGCGUUCGGGCAAACUACGGACUAAUAAGUGGAAAGGCGUUUUUCGAGGUAAAAAAUGUUCGGCAUCUUCCGGUGGAGAACCUGGAUUCUAUGUCUGGUGGCGCCGCUCAUGUCAUGCGCGUUGGUUGGUCAACUGAGAAUUCGGAGUUCGCACUUGGUGAGGAGCCACAGUCGUUUGGAUAUGGCGGGACGGGGAAGAAAUCGUGUGACAACAAGUUCUCCAACUAUGGUUGCACGUUCGGCGAGGGAGACGUAGUUGGUGCCUUUCUGGAAUGGACCUCAAACGAAGCAGUAAUGCGCUUCAGUGUCAAUGGCGUUGACCAGGGAGAGUGCUAUCGCAUUCCUAAGAAUACUCUUGGCGAGCGCCACGCACUGUUUCCUCAUAUUUAUGUGAAAAAUGUGGAGUUUACCGUUAACUUCGGACAGGAUGGACAGUCGCCUUGGUUCCCUCCAAACAUUCCAAAUAGCGAUCCUAUGUCAUGGCAGUUAUUGAACAAUGUCAACAUUGCCUCAAGAGUGCACGGUCGGAUGCCACCUGCUUCGAAGGCUGAGUGUGAAGUACUUAUGAUGAUGGGAUUGCCGGGUGCCGGAAAAACGUACUAUGCUGAUCAUCUUCGUGCAGACAAUCGUGAAAUGCAAUAUAACGUCCUAGGCACAAACCUCAUCCUGGACAAGAUGAAGGUUAUGGGACUGGCUCGACAGCGCAACUAUCACGGUCGAUGGGACGUUCUGAUUGAUCAGGCGACCAAAUGUUUGAACCAGCUCAUCAGUAUUGCCUCCAUGCGUAGACGGCAUUAUAUACUAGAUCAGACAAAUGUGUAUCCGACAGCACAGCGUCGUAAAAUGCGUCCGUUUGAGGGCUUCAAACGAAAGGCCAUUGUUAUCGUACCCACUGAUGAAGAAUUCAGGCGUCGCAUUGCCCAACGGGAAAAAGAGGAGGGCAAAGAAGUGCCUGAAAGUGCAGUGCUCGAAAUGAAAGCCAACUUCGGCAUCCCAAAACCCUUAUCAGAGGACUCCAGCAGUGUAUUCGACGAGGUAAUAUUCACGGAGCUGAACUCGACUGAAGCAAGAGAACUUGUUCGCAAAUACAACCAGGAGGGUCAAGCCAACAGACCACCUCCUGAGAAGCGUCAACGUUGGGAUGGUGGCCGCGACUCAAGCGACUCCCGUGACUCAAGAUUCAGAGGCGGGUAUGAUGGUCGGGAUCGGGGCAGGGACUUCGGUCGUGGUCGUCGGGACGAUUUUCGGCGUUCACCCAACCGUCGUGAUGAUCGUGGCCGUCGUGAAUAUAGAGGUGGUUAUAACGCGAAUCGGGAUCGAAGCCACGAGGAGGAUCGUUAUGAUCGCAGUCGCGAACGUGAUUCUUACGGUCGAUCGUCAGAUGACAGGUAUGGCGGCCCUGGUGGACGUUUUGGAGGACCCCCAGGUCGUGGCUUUCCUCCGGGAAUGGGCCCAGGGGGCUAUGGAUCACGUGGUGGUCCGAUGAUGAUGCGCGGUGGUCGAGGUGGUAAUGGUAUGACGCGUGGCUACGGCGGUCCCGGCUUUGAUGGCAGUGGCGCCCCAAUGGAAUUUCGUGGAUCUGGCGAUGGUAGACCUCCAAGAGGCGGUCGUGGUGGAUUUCGUGGAGGACCCCCUUCAAGUGGUGGCUAUGGUGGACCAAUGGAAACAAUGUACGGCGCUCCCCCAUCUCGCUUCGACGCAGCCGGUCCGAAAGCUAGUGGAGUUGAUGUAUACGGUUCCGGUGAUACGUCGUAUCCCUCCGGCCCCGAAGGACAUAUUCCUCCCGAAGCGUCACACACCGCUGGUGGCUAUCGUGGUGGAUACGGGCCUCCUCCCCAUGGAUCAUACGGCGCCCCUGAUUCUGGUGGGUAUGGUGUUCCACCUGGCCGUGCUGGUCGUGGUGGUAAUCCAAUGGAUCGUGAUGGUGCUCCUCCCACUCGUGGCGCACCACCGGUCAGAGGUGCUCCAUUCCAACGUGGGGGACCAACCGGUCGGGGUGGCUUUCCUCCAGCAUCCCGUGGAGGAUAUCAAUCGGAUCAAGAACCGCCAGGUUACUCUGCUACGAAUGCAGACCGAUCACAACCGUCUUACAGUACCUAUCCGGCUGGCGGUGCAUUAGGUGGCUCAGGUCCGGGCAAUGCAGCAUAUCCUGGAGAAGAAUACUCUGGAAGAAGUCGGACGAGGUUUUCUGGAGGUGAUACUAAUGGCAGUGGAUCUUAUGCAGGUGCCCCCCAAACAAAGCAGUCUGUUUAUACUGGCCCUGCUGGCUACCCCGGUGGAUAUCAACGAGGUGGCUCGUCUGCAUAUUCUGCCGGUGAACAAACGGGCUAUCCUAGCAGCGGAGGUGGAUACCCGACUGAUACAUCCAGUGGUUACCCUGCUGGUGGUUAUCCUGGUUCGGAUAGCUAUCAGGGCCCGGGUGGUGCCGACGCUGGCGCUCGUGGUGCUCGGCCUGGUGCUCGAAUGAUGGGUGGACCACAAGCAGGCCUCUCUUCGUAUGGUUCAUCAGAUCCUGCCAAAUCGGUGCAAGGAACCCAGCCACCUGAACAACAACCCGAUGGUAGCAGUUUGUAUGCAUCUGGUGCUGCUCGAUACGGCGAGAAUCGUCCCGGUCAGUCCGUUCAACCAACUCCGCCGAAACAAUCGCGUUUCGAUUCAAAACCGCCCACUCAACAACCCUACUCUGGUUACCCACCCGGUAGCUAUCCUGGUAGUUACGGCAGUGGCUACGGAACUGGACCAAGCGGUGGUAGCUCAGCUGCCCCUCAGCCCACCACGCAACCCUCUGGUCCGGGAGGUGCAAGGCCAGGUCGCAGCCGAUUUGACCUUGGUCCGGGGGCUGGGCAACCAACUUCUGCUCCGGUACCUAGCGGAACAACAGCAUCUCAACCUCAGCAGUCUAACCAACAGCAGGCGCAACAAUCCUCACAAAGUACGCAACCUUAUGGCUAUGCUUACCCGCCUACUGGAUCGAAACCUGACGCGGGUGUUGGCCAACAAUCUGCUGCCAGUCAACAGUAUGCUCCCUAUAGUUAUGGUUAUGGUGGCUACGGGGCCUAUCCUCAAGCUCCUCAGUCUCAAACGGGCCAAAACCGUCAAGCUCCCACGGCAUCAUCCACUCCAUCUUUAUAUGCGUCGGCUGUCGCGGAUAAACCUCAAACUGCGUCCCAACCACCUGUCGCUCAACCGGCAGCUAAUUCAGCAGCAGCAGCUGCAGCCGCUUAUGCUUCGUAUUAUGGCUAUAGCACUGCUGCACCUGGAACGACUGCGACGGCACCUGGUGCAGCCCUUGCAACUCAACAGCCAGGUGGCAAGUACGAUGCUGCAAUGGCGGCGGCUCAACAAUUUAACGCUUGGCAACAACAACCGCCCCCGUCUACUCCGACGACAGCGGCCGCGACACCUGCUACCACAGCUUCUACCCAAUCUGCUGCUGCUGGUGCUUCUAGUACGGCAGCUUAUGCUGGUUACUACCCUGGGUAUUCUGCUUACGGCGCGGGUUAUGGCUCGACGAAUCCUACGCCGGGAACUCAAGCAACUGGCCAAUCUGCAUCGGCAAUGCCACAAUACUACGGCGGUUUUCGUUGA